CAAAAUAAACAACAUCCCCAAAUAACUGUCAUCCCCCGCGCCAGGAGCCCUAAAUCCAGCCAAAAACUGGCGGAAUCUCUGCUACUAAAUCAAAAAAAUUAAUUAAUUUUCUUCAUUUCGAUCUCAAUCUCAAUCCAUUUUCAAAUUUUCAAAAACCCACUUAGAAAUUUCAAAUCUUUCAAGACAAAAAUAAUAAUUAUAAAUUGGUUCUAAUCUUUCACUCCACUACCCACCACUCAUUUCUUACAAAGAAAUUAAUUUCUUGAUUAGGGUUUUUUAAGAAAUUCAAUUUCGUGAAUUGGGUUUCGUUAAAUUCCAGUUUCAGCCAAGGGAUUUCUUGUAAUUAAAUUUCUUGAUUAGGGUUUCAUUUCAAUUGAAAAAAAUGAAAGCUUCGUUGAAGUUUCGCGAAGAGCAAAAGCCGUUAUUUAGAGCUAAAGUUCCGUUAAGUAUAUUAGGGUUACCAUUUCAAUCAGGUGUUGUAGCUGGUGAAUCCAAAGAACUCAGUCUCAAUCUCGCCACGUUCUUUGAAUCUGGACCGUCGAUUAAGGUAGCUUAUCGUCCUAAUGAUUCUUUUAACCCGUUUUCUCUGAUUGUUAAGUCGGGUAUGGGUGCUUUUGGUUCGCCAAUUUCAAGCUCAUUGCUUAUGAGCGCUGAAUUUAAUUUGCUUAGUAGAGGAAACCCUAGUUUUAUGCUGCAUUUCAAGCCUAGAUUUGGGGAUUUUUCUAUUAAGAAGUCCCAGUCCUCUAAUGUGUUUGAGAAAAAUGGGAAUUUUAUUGGGCCUUUGGAGAAUUUGAAUGAUGAUGCUUCAAUUGAAGUUGUUGAUUCUCCGAUUUUUGCGAAUGGAUUUUCGGAAAAGAAGGCACGGAUUUUGCCUCAGCCUACUGCUAAGGCGAUUGUCGGGGCUUUUUCGGGUGUGGAAGUGACUGCAAGUACCAAGCUUCCGAUUAGGAGUCGCGCGGUGAUGAAUGUUAGGUGGGGAGUUAGGGUUCCUGCUGAGGUCAGGGCUGGCGGUGGGGAUUCGAUGGGUCGGAUUAAUUUUAGAAGCAUUCCGUUUUUGGUGAUGAAUAAGAUUGGGAUUGAGCAUGUGGAUAGUUGUGAUGAUUCGAAGUCGAAAGCGAUAACAACAACGGCUUCGAAUGAAUCGAAGUGGGGAAGUGUUGAUAUGACGGAGGCGUGUUUGACUGUUAAGCGACAAAUGGAGAUUUUGCAGGCUGAGAAUGGGUUAUUGAAGAGAUCUGUGGAUGACCUGAGGCAGGAAAUUGCCUCGGGCAGAUUGAGUUUAUCAGCUGCAGAUUUCAGUUCUGGUAGGUACAAAGAUGUUGAGAGAAAUGGAAUGAAAAAUGCUAGUGGCAAUAGAGUUGACCGGAGAGGCAAUGAGAAGAAGCCGACAGAAGGGGAUGUUAACGAGGAGUUGAAGAAGGCGCUGAAGGGAAAUGCUGGUGUCGGUGCUUGAAUUUGUCGAAAUCGCUGGCGGGUAUAUAUUCAUAAAUGUUGCUUAGUGGUUCAGUACUUUAGUUUGUUUUCAAAAGAUUAGCAGGUUUGUUAUCUUUGCUGCUAUGUUAAAUUUUGUAAAUUUUGGUUUAGAAUUUUAUAAAAUGCGUUUAAUGAUCGUUAA